GUGCGUCGAAUUUGUUGUUGAAUUCGAAGUUGGCGCACCUUGAAUUAUAAUUGAUUGGUUAUUGACAAAGACAUUAUAAUAUUCACAUAAUAUUAUCAUCAGUAAUAUUUCCAGUGCUCUCGGGACUCUGAUGACAUCACCUCGCCCAGAGAUGACGUCGGAUGAGCCACUGGCGGACCAAUCAUCAGACUGCCCCGAUGUGGCGUCACCACCCUCUCUGGCUGCUGUGGAAGAGGAACCAAUCGACUCCCCAGAGCGAUCGCCGGGAGGUCCGGAAGGACCAGAGUCGGACUCUGACUCUGAGGACUCAGACUCUGGCCAGUCGGGAGUCAGCAACAUCAGUGGACUCAACUGGAAACCUAACGCAGGUCCAAUAUGCUGGGUGCAGGACCAGAUAGGGGCCGGUGUGGAUCCCCGAGAGGUGCUGCACACCAUACGGCCCGGCCUGGGGCCGAUACCUGGCCAUAUCGAUGACAUCACCCUGUGGAAGCUCGUGAUCGAGAUACUGAGUGAGCCGCCGCGCCGGGAGAAGCUGCGACAUGUCAACACCCUCUCCGACGUCGUCAGGCUGAUCCGUGGAGCCACCAACGUCAUCGUCCUGACCGGAGCCGGGGUGUCUGUGUCGUGUGGUAUACCCGACUUCCGGUCACGUGACGGCAUCUACGCCAGGCUGGCUGUGGACUUCCCCGACCUUCCUGAUCCCCAGGCGAUGUUCGACAUACACUACUUCCGGCGCGACCCACGGCCGUUCUUCAAGUUCGCGCGGGAGAUAUAUCCGGGCCAGUUCAAACCGAGCCCGUGUCACCGGUUCAUCCGCAUGCUAGAGCGUCAGGGGAAGCUGCUGAGGAACUACACGCAGAACAUCGACACCCUGGAGCAGCAGGCCGGCAUCGAGAACGUCAUCCAGUGUCACGGCUCGUUCGCCACUGCCUCCUGCCAGAGGUGUCGGUACCGCGUCCCGGCCGAAGAGAUCAGGGAGGACAUCUUCCAACAGCGUAUCCCCGCGUGCCCGCGCUGCCCUGCAUCCGCCUCUGUCGUCUCCAUCGCUUCUGGAAGUGGUAGAAACGACUCUACGGCGCCUGGUGGUGGAAGCGACUCUACGGCGGCUGGUGGAAGUGGUAGGGACUCUACGACGGCGGCUGGUAGUGGUAGCGACUCUACCGCCCCUGGUGGGGGUGGUAGCGAUUCUACUGCCCCUGGUGGUAGUAGAAGCGAUUCUACCGCCCCUGGUGGAAGCGGUAACGGUGGUGUGGACAAAGAAGAUGAUUUGAAGGCUACCUGCAGCUCAACUGAUGUUGCUACUGCGGAUGACGUGAAGCUGGAUGUGAACAGUGGCGCUACUGAAGGAGCUACCUGUGGUGCUGUUGAUGCUACUGGCGGUGCUACUGCUGAUGUGUCUUCUAGUGCUACACCUAACACCUCAAGUGCCACUGACUCCACCACGACUGCUGCCGCCAGCGCUUCAUCCAACACUACCACUGCAGACUCGUCCAUCACCGCGCCUGCAUCAACAUCUACACACGCACCUACACAGCCCUCGACUCAUCACUCUGCGUCGGUCGACGUUCACGACGUCUUUGUGGCGUCAGCGGUGGACUCGGCCGAUGGUGAAGCGAUGGCUGCGGCUGCGGCCGCCGCUGAUGCCUCGGAUGUGAUUGGUGUGGAUGAAGCCCUCACGCAUGGCGCAGAGGGAGUGAUGCAUGGAAAAACGCAUCAGCAUGGAAACGUGCAUGGACAUGGUGUCUCCCAUGGGCAUAGGUCGACGCACUCACAUGGUGAAAGACAUGGACAUGGAAGGCCGCGCCAUCAUCAUGGGAAAGCUGAAGGACAUGAUGAAGGAAACCAUCACAGUGAAGUAACUCAUCACCAUGGUGCAACUCACGGAAGUCAUCAACACAGUCACAAACAUCAUAAAAUGAAGUCUCAAAACUCCCACAGAUCUAGCUCAAACUGUGAAGGAAGUACCACCACUAGCGGUUCUUCCAAACCUAGCGCCCAUGCAGAAUCAACGUCAGAAAUCACGACCAAGAGCGGCGAGGAUUCUUCAAGGAUCCCUACUAUGCCCUCUUCUGAGCGAGUGUCGUCAGAAAGGAUGUCAUCAGAGCGAGGACACACUGAGGAGAGAACAGCGACGGUAGAUGAGGACACUGCCGACUCGGGGUUCGCUGCCUCCACGCGGGAGGUGGAAGAUGAUGCUGCGAGACCUUCCGGCAAAGACGACCGGCCGCCGUCCAUCAUGAAGCCUGACAUUGUGUUUUUCGGCGAGGGCCUACCGGAUGAGUUCCAUCGCAGUAUGGAGCUGGACAGGGAACGGUGUGACCUGCUCAUCAUCAUCGGAUCCAGCCUCAAAGUCCGACCCGUGGCGCUUAUACCGAGUUCUGUCAACCCGGAUGUGGCCCAGAUUCUGAUUAACCGCGAGCCGUUGCCACAUCUCAACUGUGACGUUCAGCUGCUGGGAGAUUGUGACGUCAUAGUGCACCACCUCUGCCACCUGCUCGGUGGCUCUUUCUCCGAGCUCCUAACUGGUGACGGAGACAAGUCACCACCUCUGCCGCUGAGGGAGCUCACUGAACUACCCCCUCGCCCCGCGCCAUCUGCGCCGUCCUCACCGCUGGCCGAUCCGACCAACGAGAAUGACACUGACGCCCUCCGGUACUGCUGGCAGAGGAAACUGAAGGAGAGCGUCGCUGCCAGACUACCCGAGGGCACCUAUCUGCACCAGCCGCCGUCCCGGUACAUUUUCCCCGGAGCGGAGGUGCUGGUCGAUCCUGACGACUCGGACAGUGACAGAGACUCGCUAGACUCGGACCGCGGCAGUGACGAUGAGUCUCCGACCGCUGAGGGCGACCAUCUGAACAACUCCACGGAUACGCCGGAGACGGCAGUCACUCCUACACACACCGACUCCUGUCCUCCAACGCCUCCUGGACGAACUGCAACCUCUGGAGCAUCAUCAGGAGCACCGGGAACGUCUUCUGCAUCUACUGCUGAAGAGGAGACUUCAUCUACACCGACGGUGAACCCUUCUUCGACAUCGGAUAUCGAGAUGGAGCCAGAAACGGUGGGUUCGCCGGGCUCAGCCCUGAAAAGGCCGAUCAGUGAAACACUAGGCGGAGAGGAGGAGAGUGGUGUGAAGAGACCGGCGUUUGGUGGCGGGGGUGAGCCUGGCGUGUCUCCCGCCACCGCCAAAACCGCCCCCGCCCCCGCCACCGCUGGAGACAGUGGCAGCGCGCAGAGUGCGUCGGAAAAUGCCACCGGAUCAGCUGAGGCGAUCAGCUAAUCUACCGCUUCGGGAUUCGGUAGAACACACCGAAGUUGGGUUCAGAUUAGUGAGUUUUCAGGCGAAUACCUACAUUGGAUGGUGACCAUAAAUAUCUAUUUUCAUACAGUGUCUAUCAGUGUGCGUUAACUAGCGUUGUGUCCUUUGACUAGUGCAGUUAGACUGAGUUUGGAGCAAAGAAGUGGAAAUCAUGAAUCCGAUCGACUCGGUUAGAAAUCAAUCAUGUGAACUAUUGUGAAGCUAUGAGCCAAUGGUGAGCUAAUUUAGGGCUACGAGCUCCAUGGAGCUAUGAGCCAGUGGUUAGGUUCAUGGAGAUUUCAGCCAGUGGUGAGCUAAUUUGGAGCUCGGGAUGAGCUAAUUGGAGAAUCUGUUGACCAGGGAUGAGCUAUAUGAACCAGUGGUGAGCUAUCCUGGAGCCCUGAGCCAGUGUUGAGCUGAUUAUUAAUCCCCUUUGUGGGCACGUAGCCGAACACGCACCCACCAGAUAACCAAUUUUAUUCGUGACAUCAUGAAACACCGUAAGUUUCUUUUUUCUUCAGUACUUCGCUUCAGUUUAACCAUGUGUUUCAGAAUAAAAAGAACCACUUC